AUGUCAGCGCCCUUGAUUCGAAGUUUUUGCAGACGGUGCUUGUGUAAUUUUACAAAAACUGCUAGAUUAAGAAAUGACAGUAACAGUCUAAAACUACAGCGACCCUUGAAGUUUGAUUUGUGCAAACGCAAUUUCUACAAAACAACAGGUCCACUUUAUCAUGGUGAUUAUGAAAUGCAAGACCCGAAGAGUGAUGACGAAGUAGUAAAUAUUGUAUACAUAACAAGAAGUGGAGAGAGGAUACCUAUCCGGGGGAAAGUGGGAGACAAUGCCAUGUACCUAGCACAUCGUUAUGGAAUUGAAUUGGAAGGUGCCUGUGAGGCGUCACUAGCCUGUUCCACAUGCCAUGUAUAUGUACACGAAGACUACUCGGACAGAUUGCCGGAACCAGAGGAAGAAGAAGAUGACAUGUUGGACAUGGCUGUAUUUUUAAAAGAAAACUCAAGACUAGGCUGUCAGAUUAUAUUAAAUAAAGAUCUGGAAGGGAUGGAACUAAGUCUUCCUCAAGCGACGAGGAAUUUCUACGUCGAUGGCCAUGUACCACAGCCUCACUGACACUGGACUUGUUGUUAAUCACGUAGUCAUCCAGACAAUGUAUCCCUCGGCCUUGCGGACUGUAUAACAGGCCCUUGAGUAUUACGUGUGUGAAUGCUUGUUGGCUGGUAGUUCUGCAGUGUUGAGGCCUUCACUCCUCUUUACAAUUUUAUACCAACAAGAGGAAGCCAAUGCCUGUCUGUUCAAAUUUUAAAGUGUUUUCAUCCUCCGCUUGGAUACCGAACAUUGUGCAGGGCAUUCCACUAAGAAGGUAAUAAGAUGAAGGAGUUGGUGGGUCACAACAAGCCAGAAUGGUAGGUUUGGACCCACAAGCCAGGAUGGUAGGUUUGGACCCACAAGCCAGGAUGGUAGGUUUCGACCCGCAAGCCAGGAUGGUAGGUUUCGACCCGCAAGCCAGGAUGGUAGGUUUGGACCCACAAGCCAUGAUGGUAGGUUUGGACCCACAAGCCAUGAUGGUAGGUUUGGACCCAAAAGUCAUGAUGGUAGGUUUGGACCCACAAGCCAUGAUGGUAGGUUUGGACCCACAAGCCAGGAUGGUAGGUUUUGACCCGCAAGCCAGAAUGGUAGGUUUGGACCCACAAGCCAUGAUGGUAGGUUUGGACCCACAAGCCAGGAUGGCUUCCCCAAACCUAACAUCCUGACUUAUUGUGACCCACCACCUCCUUCAUUUUACAAGCUUUGGUAUAGUAUGAUGUGCAGCGAUCUUCAACACUAUUGACAUUUUGACAUAUCUCUUCACUAUGAUACCUGAUGGGCAUCUUCAGCAUCUUCAUGGAAUGACAGCAAAUUAUUUCCGACUUGAAUGUCCACAUUGGAUAACAGAUGGCUCUUCUGUCUGUGAUAUGAUGGUAACUGUUGAAGGCAGAUUGUUUUUCUGCUUUAGGUUAGUGAUGUUAAAGAAAAGUGUCUAGACUUAUAUGUGUUAUAAAUAUAUUAUUAUGCAUGUUGUCAUGCAUAAGCUGGUCCAGAGGAAACCCCGUCUUGUCAUGUAGACAGUAUAGAAACUCAUGAUAUUGUGAUGGAAAUAUGGUUAAUGGCUUUUUACAUACAUUAAAAAAAAUGGCAUCGAACAUAUUUUUUGGUUUACUCAUAUAUACAUGUAUUAAAAUAGUAUGGGCAAUCUAUAAAUGAGAUUUUCUCAGUGGGGUUAAAAUCAUUUCUUGUUCUGCAUGCCCUUACUAACUACAUUCUGCCUCAUCAAGGAGUAUAGUUUAUGGAAAAUAUGAAAAUAAUAUUUAGAUCACAUUAAAGAUUUACUAGAAAUAGUGAAUAUUUAAUGUGUUUGAAAAGGAAGCCUUAAAUUUCAAAAAUUUGUUUUCAUCUACGUGUAUUUCUUUUACGUAUGUUAUUUAUGAAAAAAUAAUGAAAUGAUCAUUUGAUACUUUUUCGUGCAUUUUUUAAACAGGUGAAAAGAGAAAGGUGGUGGCUUUAAAUCAUAGCAUGAUAUACAUGUAUUAUUGAUAUUAUCUCAUGAAACACAAGAUUACAGACAAAAACAAAAAAAAUCAUAUUUCUUCUUUGUUCAGAAUGACUUAAAUUCAAGGCUAAAAGUACCCGAUAUUAAGAUACACAUAUGUAUAUAUGUAGGCAGAAAAAAAUAAAAGAUAAUACUUGACGGUUAACAAUGGAGCCCAGAUUUGUUUGUUUUGUAUGGAAGAUUAACAUAAAUGAUUUAUUUUGUUUCGUGUGGAAUGUAACAAUUGUGUGACAGCCUGACAAAUCUUGAGAUUUGAUGUACAUGUACCAGUAUGUGGUUAGUGAUUUUGAAUUUCAUGUAUCUGGCCCUUUUUACAGGAACGAUUAUUAACUAACAAUUUGUCCAUAUUAAACCAAUGUUUGAGUUAAGAAAAAAUUCUUAGUUAAGCAUAUAUUUCUUUUAAAUUCUCUCUUAUGGAAAUAUGAAUGCGAAGGAAUGAUGUGAAACUGGUGCUAGAUAUAUGGUAUAUGCACACGUCUCACUGCUUUUGUAUAUGUUUGUUAGAAUAUCUAGAUUGACACUAGUCAGUAUUACCUCAGAUAUAUAUUCACUGGAAUUUUUAUAAGUUUAUGCUUAAAUAUAAACAUUAUUUUAUAUUGAUAAAUAAGUUCUUAUGUAGAGUAUAUUAUCAUAUACCAAGUCAUCACACAAGCACGAAGUACGAAUUUGCAUUUAUUCAAAAGAUGAACGAUUAACUUUAGCUUCAUGCAUUGAAGUGUUUAAUGAAAAAAAAAUGUGUUGGCUCCGAGAAGAGGGAUAAGCAAGGAUGAAGUGAAUGCAUUCAGAAAGUUUUGUUUUGAAGAAAAUUAGAUUUCAGGCAUAUUUUUUACCACAUAUUUUUUGCAUCAAUUUCCAGAGAGUGAAUCAAGAAUUCUAAAUUCUCAACCCAAAGUGAUAUGAAGGCUUUCAGAAAAUGGAUAUUACAAAAUUUGUGUUUGCAGUAUAUCUAUCAGUGGUCAAACGGAGAUUUGGCCCACCAUUCUGCGUCCGUCAUCUCUCCAUAAAUAAUUCUUGUACAUAUAUGCUACUUUUUGGAGUAAUAGGAUAAAAAAAAAAUUCCAGAUUUUAUAUUUAGGUUCUCCUUGAGCCCUAGAUAUGUUUGUAAUUUUGAAACUGAUCUGGAAAACUUUGGCCAAGCGGUGGAGAUUUGUAUUUCCUUGGAAGUACAGCAUUAAUCUUUCAGAAAUUUUGUUUUUAAGUAAUUCUUUGUUCUUAUUUGUGCAUGUUCAAUUUUGGGACUUAUCAGAAUUAAAGUUAUAAUUAUAAAAGAAUAGAUAUUAAGCAAAAAGAGGUCAAAAGUAGAGAAAAUAUCCUUGGCUUCAAGUGAAAAUUUUCACCUGAGGCUAAAGACGAGAAAAUAUUGAACUUAUAUGGAACCAAUAAGGAUAAUCCAAGGUGGGUACCAAGGUAGAUGGAAAUCACUCACUUAUGUUGCCUUUUAUAUGUAUUACAAUGUAUACAAUUAUUUUUGAAUUGCUAUCCAUGUCCUCCAUAUUAGAAACCAUUUCAUUGAGGUUUUAUAAUUAGGGCCCCACCACAAAGACGUGGAUGCCCAAUAAGAUUGUUCAUUCAGUCCAUCUGUCCGAAACACUUUGGUGUCCGCUUCAUAACUUUGCUACUAAGAAUCACUUGAACUUCAUACUUGGGGAAUAGAUUCACUUUGAUGCAGUGUGUCAUUAUCAAAUCAAAGUCACUCUGACCUACAUAUUAACCUUAGAUCUAUAUCAAAGAAAAAGUUUGUCCUGGCUCUAUCUCUACACUUCUAGUCCCUGUAACUUCAUACUUGGAGUAUGGGCUCACCCUUGUAAGAUGUUGGCAUGUAUCAAAACCAUGUCACUCUGACCUUCAUUUUCACCUUUUCACCUAUGUACAUCACGCCAAAGUUUGUCAGCGCUCUAACAGCAUCAUUGGAGGGAUGUUGAUAAAACUUCACGAUGAUAAAGGACCAUGAUAUUGGGUCAAGGUCAAAGUCACUGUUUUAGAGAACGUGUAUUACUUUAGCCAUACCCAUGCUUGUUCAUUAAGAAGUCAUUGUGAAUUCUUAAUUUGAGGAAUUGUCUUGUUGUUUUGUCCUUCAAAGGUCAAGGUCUCUUACUUUUUGUUGUACCCUAUAUGGUGAAGUACAGAAAAGAUAUGGCCCCUCCAUAGGCCUGUAUGGUAAAUUUAUGGUGGAGUUCCACAAUGUUAAUCUGCAACUCCUUAAAACUGCUUCACAGAAUUGAACAAACUUUCAUAAUUUCUUCAUCAGGGCGUGGAGACAAAUAAUGGUUUUCAUCUCAUGUCAUCUAGUUGGUAAACUAUUUGGUGCAUCAUAAACAGUUGAACAUUAUUUUAUUUUGAAACUCAGUGGAACACGCAGAGACAUCUGUCUAAUCUGACCACAGUAUUCCAAAAUUAUGUCUAGCCAGACAUGAAGCCGAAAUCAUAUUCAUAACGAAGACUAUAAAAAGAAACCUUUGUAUUCUGACAUCCUGUUUGGUCAAAUAUGCUUAUCCAUUUCAAGAAUUCCAAAUUUCCAAAAAAAGUCCUAUUCCAAUAUUUUGUCUAAUGUGAACAAUGAAUUACGUCUUACAGGGUGUCAGAUUAGACAGGUUUCUCUGUAUUUUGAAAAGCUUGCAUUGUGAUUUGUAUAACAUGUAUGUUCCUUACUUAUUGUUUAUUAAUCAUGAGAGUUAUACAUGUACAAUAAAAUUGAAAACAGAAAAUGUU